AUGGAGGAGCAGUACGUUUCGCUAGGUGAUCCUCCGCCAGAGCCACCGGAAGAGGAAAACAGUUUUUCUCUGGCCAGCUUCUUGGGCUUUAGCCGCAGUACCAAGCGAGCAGCCCCAGCUGAGGCCGCAGCCGCCCCAGCCACAAGCAAGGAUGGCGUAGCCGCGGACAAGACGGGCCCAGCUCCUUUGGCCGCAGCCCCUGAACCCAUCAUCCUGCCGCCCGCUCAGUCCCAGCAGCAGCAAAUCACCUCGACAGACCGCACCACGACACAACCUGCCAGCACCCCCAUAUCCAGCACUCUUGAAGGCAGCUUAGCUGCCAGUACUGGCUCGGGCUCAACCCAAGGCCCAGCUCCUGGAUCGGUCCCCGGCUCCGCGUCCAUCCCUGUGGAUGCACGGCGUGCCAGUUUUACGGCUGGUGCUCAAGCGUCAAGCAAUGUCCUUGCCUCUGCACCGGGUCCCGCAGCCCCGCCAGCCCCGGGCGACUACUCGUCCUUCUCUGCCCACGAUCGCGUUUCCAUUCUCAACCGAUUCACAAGCCUAGUCAAGACGGACACCGAACAGGCAUUUCGCCAACACUGGAUGCCUGAUGAAAGUGCUCCAGAGUGUUAUGAAUGUGGCGGCACCUUUAAUCUGCAUGCACCCUUGGAGGAUGCUCGACGUUUUCUGCAACAAGUUGCUGCUGAACGCACCCUGGACAUUCGACUGCAUCGUGAACAACUGGUUCGCUACGCCAACACCUUCGUCGCCAGCGAACUGAUCAACCUCAUGAUCACCAUGCGUUUUGCUCAAAAGCGCGAGCAGGCCAUAGAAAUUGCACAGGGUUUGCUGGAGGCUGGGUUCAUCACUAUGGCACGCGAAGAUGGUCCCACAACAUUUCAAGAUGACUAUGUGCUCAUGCGCGUAGCUCCCAAGACUUUUGCCGACCAGGACCCGUCCACUCCACAGACUAUUUCGAGUGCGGACGAUGAGACCGAUGAUGCACCCUCCUGGUUUCGGCAGAUCGAGACGCAACCCUUCAUCCCAGAUGCUGAAAUUUUGGAGGAAUCGAAAGAUGAAUUUGAUGAGGACGGCGAUGAUUUGAAUGCGUCGUUUUCCCCUGGCUCUCUUCCCCCCUUGGAACCGCGGAGCAGCUCCAUGACCAAAUCACAAUACCUGAGCACUCCGAAGGCGCAUCGGAACAGUAUCUCGCGUGGUUCACCCACACCCUUUCGCCGGCGCACAAACCAGUCCUCCAUCGGCGUGGUUGAACCUCCCAACAUUGAUGUUAUUCCAGGCUCGCCUCCUAGUGACACAGAGCUUUUACAAUGGCAUGAGCUGGGCGCAGAAUGGCACGAUGUCCUGCUUCCUCUGGCCAUGCGGGCGGCGGCCAGCGUUCGUCCUCAGGUACAAAAUGGCGACGACUUGGAUGUGCGCUCGUAUGUCAAGGUUCGCUGCCUGACUGGCGGUGAGCCUCGACACAGCCAUUACUACUCGGGAGUCAUUUUCACAAAACAUGUGGCUCACAAGAGAAUGCGCACCAACAUCCACGACCCAACCAUCUUGAUCCUGCGCUUUCCUCUGGAGUUCACGCCGCGUGGUGAAUCCAAGUACGCUUCCCUUGAGACCGUCUUGCGCCAGGAGCACGAGUUUCUCAAGAACGCUGUACAGCGCAUCCGCAACAUGAGACCGCAAGUUGUGGUUGCUCAAAAGGCCGUGGCUCGUAUUGCCCUCGACCUGCUGGAGCAAGCCGGCAUCACCCUGCUCAUCAACGUCAAGCCCUCGGCAGUGCGCUACCUGGCGCGUUGCACCCAGGCCACUAUUCUGAAUAGCAUCGAGGAGCUCAACGUUGCCCGUCAACUGGGACGCUGCUCCCACUUCUCCAUCGAAUACUUUCGUGCUGCUGAUGACGAGCGCAAAACACUGGCCGUGUUUGAUGGCUGCCCUGCCGAACUUGGCUGCACCAUCAUCUUGCGCGGACUCGACGACAUUAAGCGCCUCACCACCGUUAAGGGCAUUCUCAAGUUUCUAUGCUACGCUGCCUAUCACCUUGAAUUGGAGAAACGCUUGUUGGCAGACCAAUUUGUGGGCUUUGCAUCGCCUGAUGCCGUCCAUGCCAUUAUUGAACGUCAGAUCGCUGCCACCGUCUCCAUCAAGCCCGCGCGCCUGCUGCGCUUGAGCGUGGACCAAAAUCAGCAGUCUUGUCUUGAACCACAAUUGGUGACGCUCAAAUACUACAGUUCAAACGACCUGACUCUGGGUUACUACGUCGAUCAAAUGUGCCUCAACCCCAAUUACGUGUGCCCCAAUGACCAGUGUGGGCUUCCAGUGGAGCGUCAUGUCCGCACAUUUGUCCACGGUGAUGCGCAGAUUGAAGUUGGGACGGAGCGACUCAAGACACCCAUUCCCGACCCGACUGGCGGGGAUAAUCCGUUACUCAUGUGGUCUUGGUGUGAAGAGUGCUCCAUGCAAACUCCGCCUGUACUCGUAUCUUCCGAGACGUGGCACAUGUCGCUGGGCAAAUAUCUUGAGCUAACAUUUUUAGCGGAUGCUUAUCGCGUCAUGGAAGGUCUCUGUCCCCAUUGCUUCUACAAAUGCCACCUCCGCUAUUUUGGCAAGGGAAACCUGAUUGCAUAUUUUGAUCGCAAGCCAAUCGUGCCAUUGGAAGUCGCGUUUGCCCCAAAAGCUUUGGUUAUUCCCAAACUUGGCUCCUUUGUUGCUGAUUGGGAAGAUCAGAUUCAAAAGUUUGAUGCUGCCAUCGACAAUCUCAAAGCCAAUGCGGGCAAACGGUUGGGCAUGGUGGAAAAAGUGCAUGCAGAUCAUCAGGCCCAGCUGCAAGCCCGGCUGCCUCGCUUGCAGGGCGUCAUUAAUGACGAACUAGCUGCGUUGACGAAAGAACUCGAAGCGUUUGAAAGCAGCGUGCACGAAUGGAAAGCCCUGCAGACCCCGCAAGCUGAAGCAACUGCCACUGUUACACCAGAAACGGCGGCAACUCAGGAGGAUGACACCCCACAGGCAGAGGAGGGACCGCCCAUCAAGCCUGUCGGACCUGACCUAUCGUCAUCCAUUUUGGAAGCCGACCCUACGGAUCCUGCCUUUUCAACAGCCUUGCUGAAGGGCCCAAUCUCCUCCAAAGCGACCCAGCUUAUACCAUAUGAUGCCACUGCCCAGCUGGAGCGCACGUCGUUUCAGGUUUCACGUGCCACCGUCAAUGCCACUGACCGUCUCAAUGCCGCCUUCAAGGAUAUGUUGCUGUCCUUGACGAGGCCCAAGAAUAAGAAGGAUGCAGCUGCCCUCCCUUCGCCGUCGCCAUCGCCUCGAACGUUGGCAAGUGCCUCUUCUUCGGCAGGGCUCAACUUGCCCGACUCUGCUGCGCUUCAGUCGGCAAAUGCUUCCACUUUGACUUCACCAGCUGUGACCCGCCACGAAAGCGGCACUGGUAGCCCGACAAGUCGUGAGGAUGCCGAAGACGAUCCACCUCAAUUGCUUGAUACCCAAGCCAAGGACAGUAGCUACUUGAAAAAGAUUGCACACCUCUUCCCUUCCAACGGACCUAUCCGUGACAUUCCGGUUCCGCUGCCCAAUACAGAGCAUCCCAUGCACCCAACCUCCAAAAACUUUGGCGUGACGGUAUACGAGGACGAGCCCAGCAGCUUGAUUGCCUUUACGCUCAGCUCCGAGCCAUAUCUACAGUUUGUUCGCGAAAGGGAUCACCGCGUGCAAGAAGAAGACCACAUUGCUUCGGCGGCUCGAACAGCCAGCGCCAACUAUCUCGCGGCACCCGCCAUUGAAACGGCCGAGGCAGCAUCUUAUCCCGCCCACGUCGCGCCGUCCAAGCCUCCAACCAACAGCGCCGCCCGCCCGUCGGCCCAGACAACUCAGGAAGCAAUUCGCACUGAGCAACCUCACUAUUGCCACAAUUUUUCCGAUCAGGCCACUGACUUUUACUGCGAGGUUUGGUAUGCCCGCGAGUUUCGCGACAUGCGGCGCAUGGUCAUCAAGGAUGAUCGCAGUGACGACGAGAUUGAGCGCGAAUUCAUCCACUCCCUUUCACGCUGUAUCAAGUGGGAUGCGCGCGGGGGGCGCUCAGGAGCCGACUUUUGCAAGAUGACGGACGAUCGAUUUAUUCUCAAACAGCUGUCGCCUUCAGAAGCACGCUCCGUGGAACAGUUUCUGCCCCACUACUUUCAAUACAUGCGUGAUGCUUACAUGCACAAUAAGCCGUCUUUGCUUGCCAAGAUUGUGGGCGUGUAUCGCAUUGGCUAUCAGAACUCUGCCCGAUCUACACGCAAGACCAUGAAACAAACAGUGUUUAUCAUGGACAACCUGUUCUUUGACCGUCAAAUUGCCCACAUUUAUGAUCUGAAGGGCUCCAUGCGCAACCGACACGCGGGAGCCAGCGACUACGUGAUGUUGGACGAAAAUCUGGUGGAGAAAAUUGCACAGUCCCCUUUGUACAUUCGCCCCCACAGCAAGGCGGUGCUUGGAAAAGCGAUUGAAAAUGAUGCGCGGUUUCUAUCCAACCUCAAUAUCAUGGACUAUUCUCUCCUCGUCGGCGUUGAUGAACAGCGUCAGGAGCUGGUGGUUGGUAUCAUUGACUACAUUCGCACGUUCACAUUGGAUAAACGCUUGGAGAUGUGGAUCAAGUCGAGUGGCCUGCUCGGUGGCACAGGCAACAUGCCUACCGUUAUUUCGCCGCGCAACUAUCGACGCCGCUUCAUCGAGGCUAUGCAUCGCUACUUUUUGCUGGUGCCUGACUCUUGGACAGCGAGCUCAGUUUUGAGCUUUACGCGGCUCAACCCCGAUACCGCUAUUGACGCUAAGGAGCAAGGCACCCCACGCAGACCAGAUCGGCGUUCUAUGCAACCUCUGUUAUCGCCUGUUUUUGCGCCGUCGCAUGCGGACGCUGCUCCACGCACUGAUCCCAACAUUAGCAUCUGA